CGGGCCAAACACCAUCCAGUACCCAGUCGAACUUUGGAGUUCCAAGUUCGGUUUUUUACUUUUAAAAAACCCACCGUCCAGCAAUAAGCAGAAUCACAAUGAAGAUAUUGGUGUCGUUAGGUCUAGCCACGCUGCUGGUUUUAAGUUCUGUGGCCGCCGAGGACAAGAAGGCCGAAGAAGUGAAACCAGUCGCGGCGGAGGCGGAAAAGAAGCAGGAUAAGCGUGGAAUUUUCGACCAUGACUUUGGUGGACACGACUUCCACGAGUUCGAGCACGGCCAUCACCACCAGGUUGAGUACCAGCCCCACCACGAGAAGACGGUGACCGUGGUCAAGAAGGUCGCCGUGCCGUAUCCGGUUGAGAAGCACAUCCCAUACCCAGUGGAGAAGCACGUCCCAUACCCGGUCAAGGUUGGCGUGCCCAAGCCAUACCCAGUCUACAAGACGGUGCACUACCCGGUGAAGGAGAUCGUCAAGGUGCCAUACCAUGUCCCAGCUCCCUACCCCGUUGAGAAGCACGUCCAUGUCCCAGUGCAUGUCCCAGUUGACCGACCAGUCCCAGUGAAGGUGUACGUGCCAGCCCCAUACCCAGUGGAGAAGAAGGUCCCAGUCCCCGUUAAGGUCCAUGUCCCAGCUCCGUACCCGGUUGAGAAGAUCGUGAAGGUCCCGGUCAAGGUUCCGGUUCAUGUUGAGAAGCCAUACCCGGUUGAGAAGAUCGUCCACUACCCAGUCCAUGUCCCAGUCGACCGUCCCGUCCCAGUCCAUGUUGAGAAGCCCGUCCCAGUGCCAGUCGAGAAGCCCGUCCCAUACCCAGUCUACAAGAACGUCCCAUACCCCGUCCAUGUCCCAUAUGACCGUCCCGUGCCGGUCCAUGUCGACAAACCAGUCCCAGUCCCAGUCAAGGUGCCAUACCCGCAGCCUUACCCAGUAGUCAAGCACAUCCCCUACCCAGUCGAGAAGCACGUCCCAUACCCAGUGAAGGUCCCGGUCGACCGCCCAGUCCCGUACACCGUCGAGAAGCACAUCCCGGUCGAAAUCGAGAAGCAUGUCCCAUACCCAGUCAAGGUCCCAGUUCAUGUUCCAGUCCACCACGAGGAACACCACCACGAAGAGCACAUCCAGCACGAUGACCACCACGACUUCCACCAUGAAUACCACCACUAAGGAAAAAAUUGUGAUAAAACCUUCCCCUCAAACAACCCCCCACUCCCCCAAUCCCAAUUGUUCCUGUUAACCCCAAACAUCCCCAAGUGAAGAGAGAAAGAAAAAAUGAACUCAACGGCUAACUCCAGAGCAACAACAAAAAAACUGCCCCCAAAGAAACUAACCUCUCGAUCGUGAGACAAACUACCAACAAACCCCCCCAUCCUGUAUCGCAUAACUUGUCGUGUGAUAUUGACUAAGUUACCAUAUUUGUCGUCGUUACGCUUAGAGAGAGAGAUCGAGCAAAUACUCACAACCCCCCCAACCCAACCCAACCGGAUCGGAAAAUUUACCUCCAAACGGGCGAGUGGCUUCCUGCGGAAGAGCAGCGCCCGUUUCGCGAAUAAAUUUUCAUGAAAAAUCUCUUUUCCGAUCCUCACCCACUCCCACACCCUAUAAAGAAAAAGUUGGAAAAGUUUACCAAACAAAAAUGAAAGUUGAGCGCCCCACGCCCUGCCCCCUGCCUUAAAUUGUUAUAUUUGUUUCACAAAUUAUUAUUAUUAUUGUACCGAAUCGACCGAAGAGAGCGAGUAAGAGAGAGUGAAAAAAAGCGAUAAAAAAGACUUAUUAAAAAAAAUGAACCAAAAAA